AGAAUAUGAAAUAGCUAUCACUUAUGCACCGCUAAAAGAUGACCCUAAACGAAUGGCAAUUCAUGGCAAUGGUGUAUAUCCGCUACCAACAAUAAUAUGUGAUCCGGGUGAUUUGAUGAGAAUAAGAAUAACAAAUAAUAUUGUUUCUACUACUAAAAGAAGCAAUAAAAGAAAAAGAGAGUAUAUUAGUGAUAAUGAUUUUACUAAUAUUAACAUUAUUAGCAAGGAUAAUAUUGAUGCGUUCACUAUACAUUUUCAUGGCAUUUUACAACAUAAUUAUAAUUUUGCUGUAAAUGAGACCGGAAAGACUAUUAUUAAUGGAUUGGCAGACGGUGUUCCAUUUAUAACUCAGCUUCCAACCUUACCCGGUCAAACUUAUUUGUACGAAUUCUCAAUUGACACAAAACAAGCCGGAACUUUUUUUUAUCAUUCACAUUGGGCCUUGUCAGCAAUAACAGGUCAUGGAGCAUUCAUCGUAAGAGACACGACUCCACCAACAGAUUAUGGUGCAUAUGAAGAGUUUCCAUUCGGUGUCACAGAUAAACCCUUUAUACUAAUGCUUUCAGAUUUAUGGACUAACAGUGAUGAAGUAUUGGUAAAAGGAGUAACAGAUCCAAACAAUUUUACUGCUGUUGGUGACCCAGCUGAGAUAUUGAUUGAUGAUAAUCUUAAAGGUGACUCGGUGUUUCAAGUUGAAGCAUCGAAAACUUAUCGUAUAAGAGUUAUUGGUGCCACUUCAGUCGAAACUAUCGUACUUGCAAUUUUUGGUCAUAAAAUGACAAUUAUUGAGGUUGAGGGUUCAUUCGUGAAGCCAGUGGUAGUUGACUCAUUAGAAGUAGCUCCAGGACAAAGAUACUCAGUAUUAGUUACUGCAAAUCAACCUCCCGGUGAUUAUAAUAUUUAUGGUGAAAUCAGAUUACGUGAAGAGUUACCAACCAGCGGAAAAAAUGCAACAGCAAUCUUAAGAUACGUAAAUUCCGCUACUCCACCAAGUGGUAUUCCAGUUUUACCAGAUCAAUCUACACCAAUAACUUUCGAAAUGUUGGCAGACGUUGACCCAAUACCGACUAAAGCUGCAGAUCGCACAAUAGUCCUGGUACAACAUCAAAACGCCACAAUGACAGCAAAUGGAGGAAGAAUAGUAAGAAUUCAUGUUAACGGUGUAGCAUAUGAAGAUUUUCCAACUCCCAUACUACUGGAUUUGAUUACUGGUAUAAGACCAAAGGUUAUUGAUUAUACUGCUCUGGAUGUUAAUGGAUAUGAUGCGACUCGUAAGUCUUAUCCGCUCAAGAAGAAUGAAGUUAUUGAUUUAGUGUUUCAAAGUACGAUCAGCUCAGCAGGAGGUUGUGAAUAUCAUCCAUGGCAUUUACACGGUCAUAAAUUUUGGGAUAUUACCUAUGGACCUGGAUUGUAUCCAAAUGGACUUGAUAAGACCAAGAUUGCGGCGCUUCCGGUUACAAGAGAUACCACAAUUGCUUAUGCUGAUACACCCUCUGAUACAGCAAAAGAAGGUGAUGGGUGUGGAUGGAGAUUGGUUAGAUUUGUAGCUGACAAUCCUGGAGCUUGGAUUGUACAUUGUCAUAUUGCACCUCAUAUGUUAAUGGGUAUGAUGGCUGUGUUCGAAGAAGCAGUUGAGGAAUUACCAUCCCUCACUACGUCAGCAUUAAUAUCAUAUUUAGAUGAAAAGAAUAAACCACCUUCAUAA